AAUGAACUUCAACUAGUAUAUGUGUCCUUAGGUGUUUAAACAGUACCCAAGCAGCCUGGGACUAGAGGAAUCUGUAUCGUUCGGUAUGAUUGAGCUUGAUUCUGUGACGAAAAACAACGUUAAGGUCUUGGAAACGAUUAACUCUGUCUGUUUACCAACGACACAGUUUUCAGCUCAAUUUUAUAAGGACUCGCCCGCUAUCGGUGACUUAGCUCAAUUUGCAUAUUUCAACCAGAUUUGCGUCGGCGCUGUAAGAUGCAAGAAGGACAGUAGUCACAAGCAACCAAAGCUGCAAAUUAACUCUUUGUGUGUUCUCCCUGCUUAUCACAACCAAGGCGUUGGUUCCAAGCUGCUCGAGCAUGCGUUGGAACAAGCAUCAAACAUCUCUGCUAAGGAGAUGUAUGUUUACAUCAACAAGGACGAUCAAGAGGCCAUUGGCUGGUUUAUGCACAAAGGCUUCACUUCACAGCCCCCUAAGAAUGGAAACGAGGACGUUAUGUUUGUCUCCAAGCAACUUAAGUAGGUAAUAGAAAAUCAAAUCAA